AUGCUUCUUAUCGCCCCUCAACUAUUCGAUUACGUCCAUUACCCAGUCCAGCGUGUCCAGAGACGCGUUACUCCGAAAGUCCACAAGCUGGAGGACGAAGACUAUUAUUACAUCGUUUUUGAAAGAACAUGUCAAAGACCAUUGUUUGAAAACUACGAGUUCGAGGUGAGAGGAAGACAGCUGCUUGUGAGCUGCCAAGAGGAUGAUUUCUAUAAAGUGUUUGAUCUGCCAGACGACGCCAACUUGCGCAAAGACAUUGAUCUGCGUCUGGUGAAUGGCUCGCUGUUGGUUGGCAUCCACAAGCGCAAGGUUGUGAGGAUCAAGGUCCACUCUUACAACACGUUUGUUCCAUUUGUCAGCCACUACUUGCCACAGGAAGAAGAGGAUCAAGAAGAACAAGAGUCGGAUAAUGAGUCAGAGAUAAGGCCCGCCUUCACACAGUCACGUGAUUCGCCGCAGACCCUGGGACAGCAACCGGAGGCGGUUUCUAGACCGUCGCAGCAGAGUCCGUCUGAGGGGUCAUUGACUGCAUCUGCGGCAAGUUCCUCUUCUGACAAUUCUGCAGCUACCACGCCGGAGGCCAGUCGGGCCAGCUCGCGGCGCCCGUCGUCCACGUUGACUCCUGCUGAUCUGAAAAAGAACUACAAGACCCUGGAAAGACACACGAGUCUGAUACCGAGAACGUUCUCGCCAACGGUGGAAGACGUUGAAGACGAGGAGUUCCAGUGA